CCCUGCGAAGGGAACGCUCCUCCUCAUCCUCACGGGAACAUCGGCGGGCAGCGGGCGGCUCCCAGCCCUGAGCACCCCGGACAGAGCUCAUCUGUGCUUGACUUUGAGUUGUGGAGAAGCUGCACCGGCCACAGGGGCUCCCAUGGCUAAGCUGCCCAAUGACUCCUGGCACAACGACUCAGCCCUGAUCUUCACCGGCCUGGACCUGCUCCUGGAGCUGAAGCCGCUCUUCAUCCCGCUCUACGCCACGCUGGUGGUGGUGGCGUGCGUCGGGAACCUCUUCCUCAUCCUCCUCAUCGCCCUCACCAAGAAGCUGCACUGCACCACCAACUUCCUGAUCGGGAACCUGGCGGUGGCCGACUUCAUCAUGUGCCUGGCCUGCGUCCCCCUCACCGUCUCCUAUGCCUUCGAGCAGCGGGGCUGGCUCUUCGGCGUCUUCAUGUGCCACUUCGUCGCCCUGCUGCAGGCCGCCACCGUCUUCGUGUCGGUGCUGUCCCUCACGGCCAUCGCCGUCGACCGCUACGUGGUGGUGGCCUACCCGAUCCGCAGGCGGAUCAGCCGCAGGGCCUGCCUCGGCAUGGUGGCCUGCAUUUGGCUGCUCUCCAUCGCCGCCUCUGUGCCCACCUCGCUGCACACCCACUACCUGGACCUCAACGCCAUCGGCCACGACAUGAUCAUCUGCGAGGAGUUCUGGAAGCACGAGGAGAGGGAGCGGCUGCUGUACUCGUGCCUGAUGCUGCUGCUCUCCUACAUGCUCCCGCUGCUGGCCGUGUCCGUCUCCUUCUGCGCCAUCACCUACCACCUGCGCAGGAGGAACGUGCCGGGCGCCGCCCGCCACUGCCGGGACAAGUGGAGCAGGACCAAGCACAAGACCUUCCGGGUGCUCAUCGUCUCCGUGGUCUGCUUCGCCGUCUGCUGGCUGCCUCUGCAGGUGGUCAACUUCAUCCGGGACAUCGACGAGGAGUUCACCAUCCUGGACAAGAGGUACGUCAACGUCAUCCAGGUCUCCUGCCACCUGAUCGCCAUGAGCUCCGCCUGCUACAACCCCUUCAUCUACGCCUCCCUCCACGACAAGUUCUGGUUCCACCUCAGCAACUACUUCUACCGCAAGAAGCAGAGUUCCAGGACCACGUCCUGCAAGGCUUCCCGCUUCAACACCUGCUCCACCCUGGCAGAUGCUCCCACCGGGGCCUCGGACAAGAUAGCUUUGCAAUCCAGGUUACUUUAGCCGGAGGACCUUGA